CAGACAUCUAGUAGUUGUGUAUGAAAUUACAAAGACAGACAUAUUGUGAGAUUCCUUGUAAAUUAAACAUCGGGAAGAAUAACGUGCUGGAUUAUCUAAACAUCUUGCGACAUAGUUUUCUAUUCGUUGAUAAACGAGAAACACUUCUACAACAUCAGUUGCACCGAUGAAACUACAUUCUUUUUCUUUUCGCUUUUUACGACGACGUUUCCCGACGGAACCACAGCGAUGUCUGAAUACGGUCAAUCUGGAGCGUUUAAAACCGGAUGUGGUGUUAAGCGAAGAGAACCGGAAGCAGUUCAUCGAGAAAUUCAAAGCACGUAAAAUGCCGGAUUUGGAGAAGAGCGAUCAAGCUGCCGUGUUGGUGCCAUUAUGUUUACACAAAGGCGAACUGGGUUUCUUAUACACUUUAAGGUCCGUAAAGUUAUCUUCGAAUCGGGGUCAAGUUUCGUUUCCCGGUGGAAUGUUCGACAAGAAAGAAGAUAGGGAUCUUCAGGAGACCGCGUUACGAGAAACCUGGGAGGAGCUUAAUAUUCCAAGGGAAAAGGUCGAUGUUUGGGUAUCCGGCAACAUGAUCAAUAAGCAAAACCUCAAAGUCUUGCCCGUCUUUGGUUACAUCGGUGAAGUCGAACCCGAAAAGCUCAAAGUUAAUAAAAACGAAGUUGAAGAAGCUUUCUUUCAUAGUCUGAGGAACCUCUGCGACCUUUCACUGUGUAGAUUCACUCAAUUCCGCGACGGUUACACCUUGCCCGUUUAUUUAGGGGGGAAGCAUCGUAUCUGGGGCUUCACUGCUGUCAUAACGCACAUGGCUUUAAAUGCUUUGGUACCUGAUGCUUAUAAGCACACGUUCGCUUAUUUGCAACCAGUUUUGCCAAAGAAACAACAGAGCAGCCAUUAAUAGUAUUG